CUUGUACCACCAUGUCGAAGCAUCAUCCGGAUCUCAUUAUGUGCCGCAGGCAGCCAGGCAUCGCUAUUGGCCGUCUCUGUGAGAAGUGUGACGGGAAGUGCCCCGUAUGCGACUCCUACGUCCGCCCCGAGACACUCGUCCGGAUAUGCGACGAAUGCAACUUCGGUACUUACGGAGGGCGGUGCAUCAUCUGUGGCUCGCCAGGUAUCUCCGAUGCGUACUACUGCGCCGAGUGCACAAGACUAGAAAAGGACCGCGAUGGCUGCCCAAAGAUCGUCAACCUAGGAGCAAGUCGUACGGAUCUGUUCUACGAACGGCGCAGAUUGGGGUUCAAGAAAGGCUAGUUGCGCUCGUUGGGCGCUUAUGCCGGUUUUCCAUGAUCCCUUCUUGUACUUCUAUCUGUCGUCUAAUAGACUCCUUGGCGAACGCAGAGUUAGCGAGAGUCGGGUGAGCUGUGUUA